GAUGUGUUAUCAAACAGCUACUUUUAUUGACAUCACUGUCAAUCGAAUCAAAGUGAAACCGUUGUUUUCCUCGACUGGCUAGGAAGAUAUCUUGCCGGAAACAAUAUGUCGUAACUGCUGCAGCUUCCCUGAUAUUGGCUUCAGUUUCGGCUGUUAAACAACAAAAAUGAGCGUUGGGUCCGCCAGUAAUAAUGCGGAACUCGAACUCCUUCAUCAACUACUUCAAGAUGUUGAACUGUCGCAAUUUGCUACGAGAAUAAUUGAAGAGUUGCAGAUUUCACGGGUAUCCCAUUUUGACUAUGUCACUACAGAAGACCUAAUGAGCAUUGGUAUGGGGAAACCGGCUGCCAGGAGGCUUUUAGAUACCGUCAAGAAAAGAAAAGGGACACUAAAAAAAAAACUUAUACAAACUUUUAUAAACCAAAGUGCUAACAAAGAUGCAAAAGCAAGUACUGGAAAAGUGACUGAAGCUCACCAUCAACAGAAUUCUAGUAAUCUGACUUGUCUAAUAAAAGAAAGUGAAUUGAAAAUUGGCACACAACUUGGUGAUGGUUCUUUUGGGAUUGUCCAUAAAGGAGAAUGGAACAGAGCAGAUGGUGUGACCAUACCUGUUGCAGUAAAAGUACUUAAAGAAGAUCUAGUGCAGCAUCAGGCUGUAUAUGAUGAUUUUGUAAGAGAAGUGGAAGCAAUGCACUCCUUGCAGCAUCCAUGCCUAAUAAGAUUGCAUGGUGUUGUUUUGUCACAUCCUUUGAUGAUGGUAACAGAGCUAGCACCAUUGGGAAGUUUACUUGACUACUUACACAAGGAGUGCUCUCACACUUCUAUUUGCACCCUGUGGCAAUUUGCAUCCCAGAUUGCAUCUGGUAUGGCCUUCCUAGAAUCGCGUAGACUUCUCCAUCGAGAUUUGGCCUGUCGUAAUAUUUUCCUGACUUCUAAAACUCAGGCCAAAAUAGGGGAUUUUGGCCUCCUGCGACCAUUACCUCCCGGAUCGGACUGCUACGUUAUGACCGAACAGAGAAGGGUGCCUUUCCCGUGGUGUGCCCCUGAAUCUUUAAAGCUAAGACAGUUUAGCCUUGCAACUGAUGUCUGGAUGUUUGGCAUAACACUGUGGGAAAUGUACACGUUCGGCGAAGAACCGUGGGCUGGUUUAAGUGGACACGAGAUACUCAACAGAACCGAUAAAAAAGGUGAAAGACUGAUAGAUCCUCCUGCAGCUCCUGAAGUCAUCUGCAACUUGAUGCAUCGUUGCUGGUCCGCCAAUCCCGCGGAUCGCCCCCGUUUCAGUGACAUUGUGGUGGAAUUAACUUCUCAGUCUCCAGUGACUGUCCGGUGCAGAGGGGAAGACAGGCAAGAACCUCAGUGGGACGUUCCAGUUGGUGCUACAAAACUGGAAGUUAUUGAUGGAGAUAUCAUCGCUGUCAUUGAUGGCAGACCGGAUUUCUUUUGGUGGACUGGACAAAAUCAGCGUACAUCUGAAAUCGGAAUAUUCCCGAGAUGUUGGACUGAACCUUUGCGGAGGCGGAAUGGUGAUGACAUAAGCGUACCUUUAAGACAUUCCUUCAUCCAUACUGGCCAUGGAAGCUCAGUUGGCCCGUCAUGGGGUAGUCCGGCAACAAUCGAUGAAGUCUACUUAAGAAAUCCAAUGGAGCCAAUGGACAUACUUAAAAUGAAAGAUCCAACGUCAUCUUUAGAAUCUCCGCGUCGUGUAAUUGGCGCUGUUAAAUCAAAAACCCAGUUCAAUUAUUUUCGAUUGAAUGACGAUGUGGUCGAGCCACGAGAUGGAGCUCCAAGUCCGGUUGCAAAUCCCAAAGUAAACCAGCCAACGUCUUCCACCUCUCACGAAGAGCCUUUGUUGAUUGAUCUCUCUCCGGACACUCCUGUUUCGUCAUCGGCUGCUCAAACUCCGCAAUCUUUCUACCAACAGCUGACUGAACCUCUGAUAGCUCCACCUGAUCAAAAUCGAUUGUACGCUAAUUAUCCUUCACUUUUACCAUCUGGUACCUCAGCUACGGCAAUCGAUUCAGUGCAAAGUAGUUCGCAUUAUUAUUCCGAAGUGCCUGAAGAGCCUCUCACUCCGACCUUUACUACUCCACCGUGUAAAAUCACAUCACCUGCUCAACCCAUCGUGACAGAGGAAUUUAAGAGAAAGAGAGACGAAGCCUUUGAUUGGUUGGGCCAGGCAUUGGGUGAAAUGACGCUGAGCAAAUCGGUUGGAAGCAAUCCGCGAAAUUACGAAUGUGUCUCACCCGUUUCCGGGCAACAUCCUAGACCUUCAACUCAGCGUGUUUGUGGUUUCGAAGACAAUUUUUCCGUUUCCAUGGAGCCUACCAUUCAGACGGCGACGGUUACUAGUACGUCAUCACAAAAUGGCUACCGUCGCAGCCAACAGCUCCAGCGUCAGAUGCAAGAGCAGAGCAAGGCAACUCGACAGCCCAUUUAUCCCAAGCCGGGUAUUUGGACAGAUGAAUCUUCCUUGUCGUACUCGCCUUCAUGUCCGUCGACACAGCAGAUUUAUGCGCUUCCAGGCCCAAGUAGGAUGUCUGCCGUCCAGACGGCUCAUGUACGUCCUUUCAUGGUGGCCAUCAACCCGUCUGUACUACAUGUCGAAGAUGGACGGGCCUCUUCUCUUCUGAAUCAAGUACAGCUUUCUACGCCCUGGGCAACUGAACCGGAAAUCAAACAAGCUUUGGUCAUCCAUAAUGGCAAUACAUUAGAAGCGAUUCGCUUUCUCCAGGUGGAAAAACUCUACCGUCUGGGAUUGUGCUCCAAGGCCGUAUGUGUCAAGGCAUUGGAGGCCACAAGUUGGGAUUUAGAAAAGGCGGCUUCCAGUUUGCUGGACGUUAUUUAAAAUUGUUUUCUCUUCAUCGAAAUGUGCCACUCGACUAAUCGAUGCGAGUUCAUCCUUUACCUGCCGAAAUUUAUUUUCUUUUUUUCUUGUAAACAGGAAUCUCGGGUUUUCUUUCGAAAUAUGCUCUCGGCUUUUGCUAAGUGCCGAUAGAUUUUGUUUUGCCAAUAGCGUUAUGUAUAUGUUCUAAUUUUUUGAGGGGCAAAAAAGCAACUCGUCUUAAAGCACAAAUAUUUUGAAUGCUCUUUUGAUCUUUUGAUGUUUAACAUGUAUUUUUAAACCA